AAACCGGCAUUUCUCUGGCACUUCUGAGCAUGAAUAAUGUGUUUGGAGAUGACGUCACUAUCCAAGAUGGCGACGUAGGAGUCCAAAACUCAUGUCAUUCUCACAGAUUCGGGCGUUUUUUCCGUCUCAACUCGUCCAAUUGGUCCUGUAUCCACAUCGAGAUUAAAGCGCCGCCCCCCUCCCAAAAAUUAUGGCGCCGAGGAAGAGAAAACGCACAAACUUUCGCGCCAUUCCCGAGGAAGAUGGCGUCACCAUGUCGACAUUACGAGAACUUCUCGACAACCAAAAGACGGAGUUCACCAAUCUCAUGCAGCUGCAGGAGAAGAACUUCACAUCCCGUAUUGAAACGGUGAUGGACACAACCAACAGGCGAAUUGAUAACCUCGUCCGCGAAGUUCAGGCAGUCAAGGGAAGCCUGCAGUACUCACAGAGGGAGAUAGAGGGCGUGAAAUCCUCAUCCCAAGAACAGAAGCAGAGAAUCGAUGAAAUUGAGUCACAAAUCGCACAACUCAGAUCCGACAUAACCAUGGAACUAACGCGAGAUGACCACUCAUACAGCAAAUCCGGUAUAGAUGACCACUCGUACAGCAAAUCUGGUGGAGAUGACCGCUCAGACAGCAGACCCCAUAGAGAUGACCACUCGGAUAGCCAGUCCCAUAGAGAUGACCACUCAGACAGCCAAUCUCAUAGAGAUGACCUCUGGGACAUUGACUUUGACUUCUCAGACAACCAAGUCGGUAGAGAUGACGACUUUGACAGCCAAUCUCACACUAGAGAUGACCACUCUGAUAGCCAAUCUCACUAGAGAUGACCACUCGGACAGCCAAUCUCAUAGAGGCGAUCUCUCGGACAGCGAGUCCUACCGUAGCCGCAGUUCACUUAGUUAUAACAUUGAUAAUGACAGCACUUUAUACCAGGAUUAUUAUCAGGAUGACUAUGAGAGCGAUCAUCAGGAGGACUAUGAUCAUGAGAAUGAUUACCCGAGUGAUAAUCAGAUGCGUGACGUGUUUGAUGAUGAGAGCGAUGAUGAUGAUUCUGAUGUGGCGAGGGCGAGUGACAUGUGGCAACUUUCUGUCAAGGGACCAGAUGGAAGCACCAUUUUCGUACGGAUCCACAAGGAUGCCACAGUGGAUGAAGUGAUCAGCCAGGUCAGCAAGAGGAAAGGCACACCUCUGGAGCACCUGCGUGUCAUGUACACAACCGAGCUGCUGGAGUAUGGCCAGGGCAAACAUCUGUCUGACUACCACAUCCAGGACAUGUACACACUACACUACGUUAUAGAUAGAGGAGGGCCUCCUUCAGACAGGCAGACCUGCUCCGACCCGCAGGAACACCAGGAGGAGACCACCAAUGAUCCUGAUGUGGACGAGAACAGCAACAUUUGGCAGCUUUCUGCCAAGCUGAACAGCACAAGUUCUCAUUGUAUACCUAUAAAGAUCCACAAGGAUGCCCCGGUGGAUGAUCUGAUCGAAAAGAUCAGUGAGAGAAACAAGGUACCCAUCGAGUCACAGUCUGUUGUCUUCACCACCAAGCGACUGGAGUACGGCCAGGGUUAUCAUCUGUCUGACUACGGUAUUCAAGACAAGUCCACCUUGUUAGUUGUCCUGCGUCUGAAAGGGCUUUCUUCUAACAGCCCCACCUCAAGCACUAUGUGGCAACUUACUGUUAAGGACCAGGCUGGACUUACAUGUCAUAUCAAGAUCUGCAAGGAUACCCUUGUGGAUAAACUGAUAGAUAAGGUCGGUGAGCUUUACGGUUCUCGUCGUGAGCGCCUGCGAUUCCUAUACAUGGGAGACAAGCCACGUCACCUGGAGUAUGGGAAGGGGAAACGUCUGUCCGACUACGGCAUCAAAGACAAGUCCACCAUUGAAGUCUUCUUUCGCAUCGGAGGGCCUCCUUCAGACAGCCACACCCCUCAGGAGGAGCAACAGGAAGAUGUUAAGGUCGCUGAUGCCUCUGAUGUCAAGAAGGGCAGUAACAUGUGGCAGCUUACUGUUCGGCAGCUCAGUGGACACAAGGAUGAUAUAGUCAUCCACAAGGAUGCCACUGUAGAUGAACUGUUGGGUAAGAUCAGUGAGAGGAGUGGGGUUCCUGCCACACAGAUACUCCACGUCUUGUACAAGGGCCAGAAACUGUACCAGGGUAGACACCUGUCUGACUACCCUCUUCAGAACAACUCCACACUAUUCCUCGCACUGCGGCUGGGAGGACCUCAACCCAAACCCACAUAACUUUUAACUCCUUCAGUCAGGUUUAUACCAUGGUAUUACAUGGUAUGACAAAAUGUGACAGUGCUUACUAUAUCAUGACUUUACUUUCAUGAUGUUGCUGUAAGGACAUGCAGGGAUUCUGACAAUCUAGUACAGGUUUACACGAUGUUACUGUUGAUAUUAAAUAUAUUAAUAUUAUGCAAAUAUUAAUAAUCAUACUCUGUCUUCAUGGUCUAAUUUGAGCAUAGAACAGUGACACACAAAUACUGCCCCUCAAAUUACAAAGAUACUAGAACUUUCUAAUUAACAUCAGUGUUUCCUUCUUGAAGUAAGUACUAUCUGACCAGUAAACAGUCCCAUAUCUCAUUUAUUUUGUCCAUGUAAUCCUUUGUUAAUGUAGAUAACAAAGUGUUAAAAGAAUAGAACAUAAGUGAGCUACUUACAAAGUCGUUACAUGCAGAAACAGGUACAACAAUAAA